AUCCACUCGUAAGGAAAGUCAUAGUGUCAACACUAUUUACCCGUGCAGUCAGGCUGCUAUGGUCGUCUACAUCUGGAGUUUGAAUAUUAGCACCAAAGACACUUCUGCGCUCAAUCAUAGUGCAAAUGUCAGUUCAGGAGACCCCCUAGAGCCCCACGAUACCCCACCUGGCCUGAGCCGGACCGGCCACACGGUGACAGCCGUCUGCCUUGGAAUCAUUCUGGUGUUCGGAUUCCUCAACAACCUGUUUGUCCUGCUCAUCUUUGCGAGGUUCCGCUCACUGUGGACACCAAUAAACCUCAUUCUGCUGAACAUCAGCGUGAGUGACAUACUGGUUUGUUUAUUUGGGACUCCCUUCAGUUUCGCUUCCAGUCUCUAUGGGAAAUGGCUGUUGGGAUAUCACGGCUGCAAAUGGUACGGUUUCGCCAAUUCGCUGUUUGGAAUUGUGUCUCUAAUGUCUCUGUCCAUACUGUCGUAUGAGCGUUAUGCCGCCCUGCUGCGCCCCACCAAGGCAGACGUGUCUGACUUCCGCAGGGCCUGGCUCUGUGUGGCCGGAUCCUGGCUCUAUUCGCUGGUGUGGACUCUCCCACCGUUCCUGGGCUGGAGUAGCUAUGGACCCGAAGGGCCUGGGACUACAUGCUCAGUUCAGUGGCAUCAGCGCUCAGCCAACAGCAUGUCUUACGUGAUGUGCCUGUUCAUCUUCUGUCUGCUUCUACCCGUCAUGCUCAUGAUCUUCUGCUAUGGCAAAAUCCUGUUCAUUAUCAAAGGGGUAACUAAAAUCAACCUGCUGAGUGCACAGAGAAGAGAGAACCACAUCCUUCUGAUGGUUGUCACCAUGGUAUCCUGCUAUCUGCUGUGCUGGAUGCCGUACGGGGUGGUGGCUCUGCUGGCCACCUUUGGCAGGAGGGGACUGAUCACUCCCAUAACAAGCAUGGUGCCGUCAGUCCUGGCCAAGAGCAGCACCGUGGUCAACCCGGUCAUAUAUGUGCUUUUCAAUAACCAGUUCAACAGGUGUUUCUUAGCAUUUCUGAAGUGUCAAGGAGAUCCAUCUAUUAACGUCCAGAAUCCUCAACACAGCAGCAAAGAGGAUCCUCAUGCGCUCAAACCCUGUGACAAGCCCUCAUGGCAUUGCAGCGAAAAGGUCUCUCAGAAAAAAGAGCAGCACACCCUGGCCUUAGUAGUCCACUACACACCCUGACACUCUCAAACACUGCCCAGGCUGUUUACAGAUGAGCAUUUCUAAUGCAGUAUAAUGAAAACUGACAGUGGGAUGAUUGUAAUGACAUCCUAAACCACAUGGCAGUUUCAUACGACCAGUAUAUGAGAAUCCCAGAGUAGGACCAAAAGUGAAACUCAUGGCUCUCUAUGGCUUGAAAUUAAUGUGCAGUAUCAGUUUAUUUAUUAAAACUUUAAAUAUAUAUAGAUACUACACUGAUUGUACACAAAUGCUGAUUAUAUAAGGAACCUCUGAAUGAAGUGUUGUGCAGCAGUUACUGUCAGGCUGUAUGUAGUGUAGUUACAUUUGUCGCCAACAGUAGGAGCCACUGCCUAUAUCAUACUGCAGUGAGACUCACUAAUGUAUAAUCACAUUAUACCAGAAAGUUCAGUCGAUAUUAAUAUGCUGCUUGUGGCAGAAUGCAUAACUUAUUAGUCUUUGUUAGUGGCAUGUUAGUUAAAGAAAGUUACAGCAUAGUAUUUAAUAUUUCUAAGAUAUUACAUUCAACUGCUUCAUUGAUAUCUCCAUGUUUUACUUAAGUGUUACCAUAUCAAGUAUUAUAUUUUAUUACAGCUUUUAUUAAGCUUUACAAAAAUGUAUAAAUGCAUAACUGUGAGUCACGUUAUAACGCACAGACAUGUAAUUGCGUCAUUAUUCCAGCUGGAGUAUUUUAAAACAUCAAUCCUGCAUCAUUUGCACAAUUUCCAGAAAAGUGUGAACGUUUUAAUAUGUGCCGUUCUCAUAGUCAGUUCCAUAGGCCCACAGUCUCUCUUCUUUUCACCAACACGCACAGAACACGCAGUGAGUCAUACAUGCUUCACGAAGUCAUUCUUCCUAUCUCUGGAAAAAGAAGCAGUUUGCUUUAUAUAUGUUGAAUUCUUUCUCCCUGUAAUGAUUUUUAAGCUUCUGAUGUAUUUAAGACUGUUUUAGUUGUGCUUAAUAUCAGCACAACACUGUAUAAAGUCACAUUAUCAGACAAAUAGUACAUACUGUAUAUAGUCCUAAAUUGCUAAUAUGCUGCUUGUUAUAGCAAACUGAUAUUUCUUAUCAUAUUGUUGUAUUGUUAGAAUUAUAAACACUGGUUUCUAGCUAAACUUACCAUUUACUGUACUCUCACACAACUGCUUUCUUUCUCAUUGAAAAAUGAAGUGGAUAUAGAAUCAAACUUACAUAAAGCAAUAGCAUCAUGAUUAUCAGUAUAUUACCUAACUACUGUACUGUAAAGCCUUGAUUUGUAAGGGAUUUCUAGAAGUAGAUGUAGAAUUUACAGGAAAAAGUUUUAUCAUGCCUUGUUUAGCUUUCAUUUGUGACACAGUAAGUGUUAAGUGGCAGUAUUUUUCACUGUAAACGAUCUCACAUUACUCAUGAGCAUGGUAUAUUCAUAA